AUGUCGCCGCCGCCGCCGCCUUUAAAGCUCAAUGCGAGCUGCCUUGACAACAGCAACACCUUCACACUGCACCACCACCACCACCACCACACCACACCACCGCCUCCGCCGUCUCCACCACCACCACGCAGCAUGAGACUCGCCGUGUUCCUGCACGGCGACUGGGGAAAUGUGGUGCUUUGGGUGCGCGUCGCGGGUCCACCGGACCUGUACAACGCUUGGGAUCCGAGAUCCCAGUUUGUCCGCACCGCCGCGCCGCCAGCGCAGUGGGGUGGGGGCACCACUCCAGACCCCAACUUCUGGGACUGUUUCGAGAUCUUGGGGAUGGAGGACCAGCGGGUCCUCAUGGCCGGCCUCCUGGCGGCCAUGUGGGCGCAAGUGCGCCCACCGCACGGGUUUUAG